AUGAAGAAGAUCAUGGACAAGUACAUUGAGUUUCGGAGCGAUAAGACAAGUCUGACACCUACAGAUAAGGCUCGUUUGGGAGAAUUCAAAUUGUAUAUGAACCAAAUUAUAAAGUUUGAAGAGAUGAAUUAUGACUCCAACCUGAGAAUCUACAGCUACGGAGCAACAGACCAGCGAGAUGAUGACGGAAGUGGCGAAAUAAUUGGACCCAAUCAACUAGUAUUGGCAACCGAAGAAACCCAAGAAGUGCGACAGUUGAUGUUGGAAAACAUCAACAAAAUCAUGCAUAGGGGAGACAAGAUCAACUCGCUAGUCAAUCAAACAGAUCGUUUGACGAACUCUUCUGCGGUGUUUCAGAGGAAAGCGCAACAAAUACAUAGAAAGAUGUGGCUCCAAAAUAAGAAACUCUGGCUAGCCAUUGGUGGUACCGGAGCAUUGACAGUCUACAUUAUAGCCAGCUACAAUUGCGGUAUGGGACUAACGCACUGUCUUUGA